UGUGGUGUGAAUAGGUCCUGCCACAAUCGUAUACAAACGUUACGGAACACCCCAAGUUAAAGCGCAGGCGCCAAGCCCAAGUCCAUUUCGGCAAAUCCCUCUUCAUUCUUCGAGCUCAAAGCGUGAGUGACGAGUGACGAGAUUCCAUCUCUCAUUCUCUUGAUCGCAUCGCGCCUAAACAUAAAAUACUCUUCUCUCGUGAUCGGAGGAGUCCGGUGCCGUUGUUGCGCUCGAACGUUCCCCUUUUUAAUAGUGGAUAAGACGGCAGAACAAAGAGAAGAAAACUCCGAUACCAAGCUUCCUUUUCAGUGGUUGGUCCAGUCCAGUGCUUAGCUACUACCUGCAAUGGCGCAUUCAUGCGUCGCAACGUCGACUUCAACUCUCAGAUUCAACUCCCUCGCCUUCUCCUCCAACCCUACGUCCCGUUCCGAAACCCAGAAGCUGCCUCUCCCUUUUGACCCUCUACGUCCCAGGAAAUUAACAAGUUUGGUUUCUAAGGAGAAAAUCCCUCGAAUUUAUCCAACCAAGGCCAUUUACUCCGAUGGAUUUUGGGCUCCGGAGACGAAUUCGCGGCAAGGGAUUUGGUCUAUUAGGGAUGAUUUGCAAGUUCCAUCUUCUCCUUACUUUCCUGCCUAUGCUCAAGGAGGGCAAGGACCGCCUCCUAUGGUUCAAGAGCGUUUCCAGAGUGUUAUCAGCCAGCUCUUUCAACAUAGAAUAAUACGUUGUGGUGGUGCUGUUGACGAUGACAUGGCCAACAUAAUUGUUGCCCAGCUUCUAUAUCUCGAUGCAGUGGAUCCCAACAAGGAUAUUGUAAUGUAUGUAAAUUCUCCAGGGGGUUCGGUGACAGCUGGUAUGGCUAUAUUUGAUACCAUGAGGCAUAUCCGUCCUGAUGUUUCAACCGUUUGUGUUGGAUUGGCAGCUAGUAUGGGGGCUUUCCUUCUGAGUGCUGGCACCAAAGGGAAACGUUAUAGUUUACCAAACUCGAGGAUAAUGAUCCAUCAACCUCUUGGUGGGGCUCAAGGUGGGCAGACUGAUAUAGACAUCCAGGCUAAUGAAAUGUUGCACCACAAGGCUAACCUGAAUGGUUACCUCUCCUACCACACUGGCCAAAGCCUUGAGAAGAUCAACCAGGAUACUGACCGUGAUUUCUUCAUGAGUGCAAAAGAAGCCAAAGAAUAUGGACUAAUUGAUGGUGUAAUCAUGAACCCUCUGAAAGCCCUUCAGCCGCUAACACCUACCACCGACCAGUGAAGACGGUCUCCAUGUCAAUUUCACAAAUUAGUUGCUCUCUCUGUUUUUGUGAGAUUUCAUUUCAAAAAGGUAAAGUUAUGAAAUUUCUCAUCCUUCAAUAGCUUGCGCAUCAUUGGUACUAAAGGAAGACUACAAUAGAGAUAGAGUAACAAAUUUGAAGUGAAUACAUUUUGAUGUGCAUGAUCUAUCCAUUAAAUCUCCAUUUGUUUAUCUAGCCAACCCUCUAUUCUCAUCACACGUGGUAGGUAUUUCAUCAAGUCUUGAAUCUUUUUUUCUUUUUCUUUUCUGUAAGUAACUGCACUAAUGGAAUAUACAGUGUAUAACAGUAUGUACAAGCACAAGGAGCAAGCCCUAUUGAUCCUCC